UAAAUUUAUAACAUUUGGCAAGCUUGUACGCAACAACAAUGAUGGUGGUGAGAUUAAGAGAAAUACCUAUGCAAACAGUGCGCUCUCGUACAUAUACGGUGCCUCUAGCUUUUGUAAACUGAAUACCGGCGCAUGAAUUUAUAAACGAACUCUACUUUUUAUAAAUAACUUGAUUAUAAGGACAACCUGAAGUUAUAAUUAUCGGAGACAAUUUUUCGGACCCGUAGUUCCAAGGAGACGCGGUGAUCUGCAUCCAUUUUUUGCCGUUUGCCUGCCAUAAAUGAAGUAAAGAACAUCAAAUUCAAAUGUUCAUGGUUCCAUAGUCCAUUCAAAAGAACUCGGCUCUUUUUUUGUCGCAGAAAGUGAAAGCCCUUUACGUUGUUCACAUUACGUUAUUGACAUAGGAAUAAGUAUGAAAUCUCUACUUGAUCUGAACGACGAUUGUCUCAUAGAAAUAUUCAAAUACCUCAGCCUUGUGGAAACGUUUAAAGUAAUCGAUGUGCGCAACGCACGUCUUACGGAAAUCGCACAUCAAAGGAUUUCAACAUUCAAGGAGCUCAAUAUUACAAUACGAGAAUUUCCGAAUUUCAACGCAGAGCAGCUGCGAAUAAUAGGUGAAAAUAUAUACAGCCUUAGUAUGACUUGCGGAUACUCAAUACCAACACAAAAUGUAUUAAAUAUAAUGCAGCCGCUCUGCGAAGGAGCUGCCGCUACUAAUCAAUUGCGCGUGUUUUCGCUAAAUUAUGUAUAUUUCAAUAAAGAAUACUGUCAAUACAUCGGCAACGCAGCGGCAAAGUUACAAAAGCUCAAUUUGAAUUAUUGCCAACUAACCGACAAACUUUUAACAGACUUAUUGAAGAGCUGUAACGAUUUAUUAGAACUAGAAAUAUUGGGCAAUUACACGUUGAACGGGGAGUUUUUGAACAAACUUCACUUACCUACCUUACGAGUACUCAAAUUGGAAUUGCAUGCGGAGUGGAACUAUCCCAUUGAGAAUUUUAAAAUUAAAAACCCAAAUGUUAAAUUGAUAAUAUAAGAUGCUGAAGUCUUAGAUAUGUUGCUAUAUUCAAUAUUUUAUACUUACAAAACUAAGUAAAUACAAACUGUAUAAAGCAAAUAAAUGAAAAAAGAAGAACUCAAAAUAUAUGUAUAUUAUAAACCCUUUUAUUUGUAAUAUGAAACGCAGGCACUUUAAGUACCCCGAAUUGAAUUCAGAGUCAACUAAGCAAUUUCUACGUGUACAUAGUUAUUUGGUUGAUGUUGUUUAGGGUUUAUAUUUGGGCACUAUGCACACAUUUGGGAGGGACACGCACUUGCACGUGGCUAAGUUGUUUCGAGGAUCAAAAGAGAUCCUGUCAUAAGCGCCAACUAGCAAUGCGUGCCAAUGCUUAGUUGCAUAUUGGCUGAAUUAUUACAAUGUUUGCGUAGCAAUUAAAAAUA